AUUUUUAUGAAAAUUUUGUUUUUUUUUGGUAAAACCAUUUGAUUAAUUCAAGAAGUUUUGAUUAUUUAUGCCAAUUUUUUUCACACAAAAAUUUGUAAAAUUAGCUAAAGAUACAAUGGCUUCUUUACCAACUCUCACAAAACCCAUCUCAGAAACUUCAUUUUUUCUACCAAAAUUAAUCAAUUUGGAAUUUUCAAGAUCAAAGAUCAGACCUUUAACCAGAUCCAAUGUUUUCAAGAACUCAAAUUUUUCCUCUGAUGGACAAUGUUGUCCAACCUUUGAUGUUCCACUUCUUUCUUGCUCAGAGGUUAUUGAGAGGAUGAGAACAAGUCGAGAAGGUUACAAGACCAAGCAGCUUUAUUUGGCAAUGUACUCGAGCGUUUUUGGUGGAAUCACAACCGAUACAGCUGCCAUGGUGAUACCUAUGGAUGAUCACAUGGUUCAUAGAGGGCACGGUGUCUUUGAUACUGCUGCCAUUAUGGAUGGAUACCUUUAUGAGUUGGACCAACACCUUGAUCGUUUCCUGGGAUCCGCAACCAUGGCCAAAAUACAAAUUCCUUUCGAUAGGGAAAGCAUAAGACAGAUUCUCAUCCGUACAGUAAGUGUUUCCAAGUGCAGAAAAGGUUCUUUAAGAUACUGGUUUUCGGCAGGACCUGGUGAUUUUCAACUAUCUUCAUCAGGCUGUCAUCAAGCAACUCUUUAUGCCAUUGUAAUUAAAGAUCAAUCACCUCCUGAUCACAACGGCAUUAAAGUUGUAACGUCAUCCAUUCCGAUAAAACCCCUACAGUUUGCUGUCAUGAAAAGUGUUAAUUAUCUUCCGAAUGCACUUUCCAAGAUGGAAGCAGAAGAAAAUGAUGCAUAUGCAGCAAUUUGGUUAGAUGGCGAUGGCUUUGUUGCAGAAGGACCGAACAUGAAUGUGGCUUUUGUUACAAAGGAAAAGGACCUUCUGAUGCCUUGUUUUGAUAAAAUUCUCAGUGGCUGUACAGCUAAAAGAGUCCUGGUUCUUGCAGAAAAUCUAGUAAAGGAAGGUAAACUUCGAGGCAUUAGAGUAGAAAAUGUGUCUGUAGAGGACGCGAAAAGAGCAGAUGAGAUGAUGCUAAUUGGUAGUGGGAUUCUUGUACGCUCGGUGGUGCAGUGGGAUGAAGAAAUCAUCGGUAAUGGUAGAGAAGGUCCUGUGACACAAGCUCUGCUAAAUCUUAUCUUGGAAGAUAUGAAGUCAGGGCCUCCCACGGUGCGAGUUCCCGUUCCCUAUUGAUGAGCGGAGGCUAAACUCAGUAGCUUUUGCUCGAACAGUAUAUCGAGAAACACAUAUUUCCUUUGAAAUGUUGUUUGGAGGUUCAAGAUUGAUCAAUAGGAAUUAGGAAAACAAUUUUUCUAAUGGCUCUUCAUAUGAAUGAAAGUUGUAUUAUGGCCAAGGGUAAAAAACUGUUUGAUAUUAUAGUUAAAAUAUGAUUUAGAUAUCAAUAAAAUGUAUAACUUUUAACAAAUCA